AUGCAGAAUCCCUUCAUGGGAGGAGGCCAAAUCCCUGCCCAGAUGAUGGGGCAGGGAGGGAUGAAUCCAAGAAUGGGGACCCCAAAUAAUUUCCAGGCACCAAACCAACAGUUACCAAAUAUGAUGAUGCCUGGUGGCAACCAGAUGGGAAUGCAUGGAAUGAAUCCAAUGGCCGCCAUGGCAAUGAGACAGAAUUUCAGAAUGGGAAACGGCAACCAGAAUGCGAAUUUGUUCCAGCAACAAAUGGCCAUGAUGCCUCCACAGAUGCAAAUGAUGAUGAUGAACCGAAUGCAGUUCCAGAAUAUGAACAUGAUGCAAGGACAACAGAUGCAAGUCCAAAGAAUGGUGCCUAAUUCUCCGGCAGCAUCGAAUUCUGGAGGAUUUCAAAAUCAAUUCAACCAUCCCAACAAUUCUCCCAAUUUUCAAAAUAAAUCGUUCGAGAAUCGAGAAAGAACAUACAGUGCUUCUUCCAAGGACAGUGGAAUUUCCACUUCUGGAAGGUCAAGGUCAAAUGGAUCAAGAGAUGAUCAAAAUGAUCGAUAUUCAUCCUCGAGAAAUCGUGGUAAAGACUCUUGGUCUUAUUCAAGUUCUGAUAAUUACAAAUCAAGAGAUCGCUCUGAUGGACAAGAUCAAUCCAGUCGCAAUGAUGACAGACGAUAUCCUAGAAAAAGACGUCUGGAUGAUACUGAUUCAAAUUAUACGUCUGAUACAGAAACAGAGUCAAGGGAGAGAACUGUGUCUGGAUCUGAGAGAAGUAGUCGACCGAGGUCUAGCUCUAGAUCACCAAGGAAAUAUAAACGACCGUCCUACAGAGAUAGGAGAGACAACAGAUAUAGAGGUGAAUCCUCACGUCAUGACAGCAGAGAUAGGGGACGUGAUGGUAGGGACCGGGGUAGAGAUCCUAACUGCAGGGACAGGGGUCGUGAUAGAGACAGAGACCGUGAUGGCAGAGACCCUGGUAGAGACAGAAGUUAUUCACAGAGUCGCAGAGAUGACAGUACUACCAGAACAGAUAGAAGAGAGGAAAGAUCAGAGAGCAAGGAUAGAAAUUCAAUAAGGACAGAAGAACCAGGAAGUCAGUGCCAGAAUGGAAGAAUUAGAACGCAAGAAAAAACAUCCUCAUCUUUUACAUUCUGAAAUGUGGUAUAAUGAACCUGGACAGGUAAACGAUGGUCCAUUAUGUAGAUGCAGUAUAAAAUCACAGAAAACUGGAAUCAGACAUAACGUCUAUCCAGGAGAACAGGAGAUUUUGAGUUGUGAUAAAAACAGUAACAAUAAAGAUAAAUUGUUUCACUACCGUGUAGCCAUGUCACCUCCCACCAAUUUUCUCACGAAAUGUCCAACUAUUAUAGAGUUUGAUAAUCAUGAAUAUAUAUUCGAAGGUUUUUCUAUUCUUUCUCAUUAUAAACUAGAAAAGAUUCCAAUAUGUCGAGUGAUAAGGUUUAAUAUAGAAUACACCAUCCAUUUUAUAGAGGAACCCAUGCCUGAGAAUUUCACAGUCCGAUCUGUAGACUUGUUCACCCAGUAUUUAUUUAAUGAGAUAUUAGAACUGAUGGAUAUAGACUGGUUCGGUCCAGUAAAAAAACCUACCACAGCCUGCCAUAUCAUGCAUUUAAUGCCUCGAUUCUCACGCUCACUGCCAGAAAAUGGUAAGGAAGUCCUCUCAAUGAAUGAAGUCCUGUCAUUCCUGAUAAAAAGUGCCAAGACUCUGAUAGAACCUAGCAGACUUCCAGGCUUGUUGGAACUCGAUGCCAGCCAGUGGCAGGAGUUUAUUGAUAUACACAGGGGCAUGAUAGUUAUAUACCCUGGUAAGAGGCCAUGUGCUAUACGUAUUGAUCAACUUGACAGAAAUCAACUGAACCCUGACGUUCAAACAUUUCCUCUGAUUAUACACUUCGGUUCUCGUCCUGCUCAACUUAGUUACGUUGGUGAUCCUGCGUAUCAGAGGCUAUGGAAACAGUAUAUAAAGUUCCGUCAUCUUCUGUCCAGUAAACCUAAAGUUUCAGCAGCAGACAAACUGAAACUUCAUGCUAAAGAACAGGCUCUUCAAGAACUUAGAACUAAAAGUACUAUGAAGAGAGAAGUGACUAUUGAAAUUAGUUCUGAAGGUUUUAUUUGUACUGGUUUGAAGUCUGAUAUCAGUCAGCAUGCUAUGUUAAUACCAGUAUUAUUAGGACAUCUGAGGUUUCAUAAAUGUUUAUCAGAGCUAGAAAAGAUUAUAGAUUAUCAAUUUAAAGAUCGAUAUCUUCUUCAGUUGGCGCUAACCCACACCUCAUAUCGUGUGAACUAUGGCACCAACCCAGACCAUGCCAGGAACACUCUAGCUAAUGCUGGUAGAAGACAGGUGGAGUAUGGCAGCAGGAAGGUUCUCAUGCAGAAUACCAGGAAAAGAGGUUUGAAUAUUCUGAUAGAUAUUAUGUCCAGGAUGGGAAAGUCCGAGGAAUCGUUGUCUGAUAUUCCACAUAAUGAAAGACUGGAAUUUCUUGGAGAUGCUGUCGUAGAAUUCUUAUCAAGUGUUCAUCUAUUCUAUAUGUUUCCAUGGUUAGAAGAGGGAGGACUGUCAACUUAUAGAACAGCUAUAGUUCAGAAUCAGCAUCUAGCUAUUCUAGCCAAGAAACUGCGUCUGCAGGAAUUUAUGUUGUAUGCCCACGGUCCAGAUUUGUGUCAUGAGUACGACUUGAGACACGCUAUGGCCAAUUGUUUUGAAGCUUUGAUGGGUGCUUUGUUUAUUGAUGGUGGUAUUGAACUAGCAGAUAGAAUUUUCGGUACUACACUAUUCGGGGAGAGCGAGAAACUCAUAGCAACAUGGCGAGAUGUACCCCAUCAUCCUCUACAGGAAGAUCAACCAGACGGAGAUAGACAGUGGAUUGAAUCUAGUCACAUUUUACAGAAAAUCCAGAAGUUUGAAUCAUCUAUAGGUGUUAAGUUUGAUCAUAUUAGAAUAUUAGCCCGGGCUUUCACACCACGUAAUGUGGGCUAUACCAAUCUUACAUUAGGUCACAACCAAAGACUAGAGUUUUUAGGGGAUACAGUAUUACAGCUGAUAGCCUCAGAAUAUUUAUUUAAACAUUUUCCUGAACAUCAUGAAGGCCAUCUUACUUUAUUACGUAGUUCUCUAGUGAACAAUCGAACUCAGUCGAUAGUUUGUGAUGAUCUAGGUAUGACAGAAUACGUUAUUUAUGAUAGACAUAUCAGAGACCGGGGUCAGCUUAAAACCAAAGAGAAGGCAGAUUUAUUGGAAGCGUUUAUCGGAGCUUUGUAUGUUGAUAAAGAUUUAGAUUACGGCCGUGUUUUCUGUGAAGUUUGUUUCUUUCCUCGAUUACAGGAUUUUAUAUUAAAUCAAGAUUGGAACGAUCCGAAGUCUCAGUUACAACAGUGUUGUUUAACGUUACGAGAAUUAGACGGAGGAGAACCUGAUAUACCUAUUUACAAAGUGAUAGAAUCAAAAGGACCGACCAACACCAGGAUGUAUGUAGUCGCUGUCUAUUUCCGAGGUGAAAGGUUAGCAACAGGUGAAGGUCACAGUAUACAGCAGGCUGAGAUGUCGGCUGCCACCAACGCCAUGAAUAUUAGACAAGAAUUAUUUCCCAUUAUUAAUCACCAGAAGAGGUUUUUGGAGAAUCGUUACCGUCAUUUACUGAAGAGUCAGGAAGGCAAGGGAGGCGACUCUUCUAGUGAAUCUUCGUCUCAUUCCAAACAUUCACGACAUUCUAGAGGGCGACACAGUAUUAGAGGUGGAAGGAGACACCAAUCCAAGGCUCAUUAGUCUUUUGGAUAGCUCAAGCUUUGAUUGGUCGAUUGAAUUGAAUGCAAUGUGAAAAAGGAUAAAAUAUUUUGUGUAUCCUAACUUUGGGAUAUCUCAACCUUUGAUUGGUUGACAGAAUUGAUUGAAAUAUUGAUAAGUGGUAGGCGAAAUGAGGCUUUUCACAUUCUCCAGUUAUUACUGAAUUAUAGAUUGGCCAAUCAAAACUAUUUAUAUUAUUGAGUGAUGUCACAUGUUUUGUACCAUUUAUUCAUUACACAGUGUUAACUGGAGUUGAUUUAAAAACAUCAGGAGCAAUCCACUAUAUUUUUUUUAGGUAGUUUGAGUAGUCACUAAUUCAAUAUAAGUCUGUCUUGUAUAGUUUCUAUUAUUAUUUAUUCUACCUAAACAAAAAAUGGACUGCGCAUGUUUAUGUUUUGUAUGUCCAUAAAUAUCUUUAUAAGGUUUUACCCUAACGGUUGAAUGAAUUUUUGCCCUUUUUCUAUUUUUGACUUGUAAGUAUAAUUUCGUGUAGUUUUUGUUUAAGUGCAAUUGUCUAUAUUUUUUAUAGAAAUUCUAGUAGUGCUAAUUUUUUCAAUUUUUCUAUUUGAUUAAAAUACUGGCCCUGUAUUCUCGUAAUGAGCUUAAUGCAAGGAUAUUCUAGGUUCAUAACUUAUAACACUGUUUCUAGGAUAUCCCAGCGCUAAGAUUGUUUCGAGAAUACCUGUUCAGAUGGUUUAUUUGUGAAUUUCAAACAUCUGGAGGAAGAAAUGAGACUAAUUAUCUAGAGCUGUAUUUCAACCAGAUUGCAUGUUUUCUCACUUAUAAUUUAAUCGAAUUUUACAAUAAAAUAAAAUGAUGCACAGUUUUUUUGAGCAUUCAAUGGGCUUAAACAGACUUUUUGUCAAGUAUUUUUCCUUGUAAACUUUUUUUUCUCUUACGUGAUAUAGUUGUCUUGAACAGCUGAUAGAAUAUGAGGCGGAGUGACUUCUUGGGAAAACAGUUGUCAAGGUUGAGAUUCAAAAUGCAGCAAUUCUGCAGAAGUGCCGUUAUUGCAAUCCUUCCAUGGUGCGUCAAGAGUUCUCCCCACAAAUGUUUUUUGAAAAGUACAAUAGAUCAGGGCAUUCUGACACAUGGAGAAAAGGCGUAAAAAGAUACCCGUACAGGUGCCGCCACUGUUUCAGCUAUCUGUUUAGUAAUCUAAAUAUUUACUUUACCAGCAGAAGACAGAAAAAAUAUUUUGAAGCAGCUCUGACUACAUUCUAACAAAAUCAAAUACUGCAACGAUAAAUUUUUUUAUUUGUUCAAUAUAGGGAGUAAAAAUUAUCUUAUUGUUUUAACUUGCUCUGUAAUGUAUCUAGAAAAUCUUGUCAAAAAACUAUUUAAAUACAAUCAUUUAUAA